UAUAGGUAUGUUUGAUGCUCUGUUCACACAUUUUCUUCUGUUACUUCCAAUGGCAAAUUCUGCAAUUCAAGAAAUCAAUGUCAGCUCAAAGAUUAGGAGAUCAUCGGAUGAAGAAGUUCGCAUAGACGGAAUCAGUCGAUUGCCGGAUGUUCUGAUUCAACACAUACUCUCAUUUCUUUCGACGAAAGAAGCGAUGGCGACUUCGAUUCUAUCGAAACGGUGGCUUCCGGUGUGGACAUCGGUUCCCGUCAUUGAUCUUCAAGACUCACCUUCCUGCAGGACGGAUUCAAGCCUCCGACUUCGUUUCGAACAUUUCGUUACGCGGGUUUUAAUCCUUAACAAAAUGGCUUGUUUAGACAAGUUCUGUCUGAAAUUCAACAUGGUCGAUCGUCCUUCCUGUGUCGAAACCUGGUUUUGGGACGCGGUUUCGAGAGAUGUGAAAGAAUUAGAUAUCACCAUCCAUGGAACUCAAAGCUUCCCCUUUCUGAAGCUUCCGUUUAUCGUCUUCACCGCGAAAACAAUGCAGGUUUUGAAACUGAGCAACGGGGUUGAGCUUCAUGUUACAGGGACAGUAUCUUUGCCAUGUCUCAAGGUUUUGCAUCUCGUCUGGAUUAAGUACUCGAGCAAUGAAUCCGUUUCGAGGCUUUUCGCAGGUUGUCAUGUUCUUCAGGAACUUGUUCUUCGCAAAUAUGUCAGUGAUAACACAUCGAUUUCCGACGUUUCGAUUCAGACAUUGAAGAUACUGUCCAUACGGUUUGCCACCGGCCGACGCAAACACCAACUUAAGAUAAAUGCUCCGAUUCUCGAGUACCUGAACCUCGAAGACAAUCUCGGCCUGGAAUUCGAUCUCGAGGAUGUAUCGAGCUUAGUCGAAGCGAAUGUUUCGGUCACAUGGCUCGAAAAUCGCCAUAUUCCACUCCUCAAAGCUCUCUGCAAUGCUAAGUUUGUUUCCUUACACUGGGAUUGGCAUUCGAAAAUGACAUGGCAUAACUUCCGACCGCAUCGUUUGUUCCGUAAUCUGGUCCGGUUAGAGCUAAGUGUUGGCUAUGGUGGCUGGAACAUGCUAUCACUUUUCUUGGAAAUUUCUGAUAAUUUACAAGUCCUUGUUCUUACCAAGAACGAUAAUUGCCGUGGACUUGGGCUCGAAUGCCGCUGGAAACCGCAGAAGAAUGUGCCGGAAUGCUUGCUGUCGAGCCUGGAAAGAGUCGAAUUCAAAGGGUACGAAGAGGUAGCGUAUCAGCUGAGGAUGGUGAAAUAUAUUUUGAAGAAUGCUCGAGUUUUGAAGAUGAUGGAUAUCUGCACUAAUGGAGAUCUGCCAUUAGAAUCAAAGGUUGAUGUGUUGAAGAAAUUAUUAAUGUUCACAAGGUGUUCCAAUGCAUGUCAACUUCGGUUUAACUAA